AUGGCGUCCAGAUUCAGGCCCUUCGGACUCAGCAGACAGAUAUUUUCUACUCCUCCUCCUCCUCCAUUAAAUGCUAGCAGAAAAUGUCGUUCUCCGGCUGGGCGUUCAUAUUCGACCUCCGAUCGCCUUCCGAAGAUCGCAGACACGUCAGUAUGGACGGCAAUGAUUCCCCGAUUUCUUCGGGGUGGCAGAGCGCGGAAGGAUCCCGCGAAAGAGAAAUCUAAGGAGUGGAACCCGGCGACGUUCUACAUCAUCAUGUUCACUCUUAUCGGCUCGCAAGCCAUUCGCAUGCUCACUUUGAAGAAUGGCUAUGCGGCGUAUACUCGGACGACGGAUGCGAAGAUCGAGCUUCUAGCGGAGAUUAUUGCACGAGUCAAGAAUGGAGAGAAGGUCGAUGUGGAGAAGUUACUGGGUACGGGCGAUGAGGCAAAGGAACGAGAGUGGGAUGAGGUACUUCGUGAGAUUGAAGCCGAAGAUUCACUAUGGCAUGAGAAGAAGACCGCCCAGUCACAAGCAGAGAAGCGCCAGGAGCCCGAGAAAGAACAAAGACAACCCACACAGCCUUCGGAAGAAAAGGCCACUGAUGAGGUUGUUAAGACAGAGUCUAAACGAAAGCUUAGAUUCUACUGA